AUGCCGCCCCGGCUGCUCACCCUGGCGGCGCUGUUGCUACUGAGCGCCACGCUGGGCGCGCCGGAGCCGGACGCGGACAGGGCGGCGCUGCUGGACUUCCUCGCGGGGGUGGGCGUCGGCCGCGGCGGCCGCAUCAACUGGGCGGCCACCCGCCCCGUCUGCGCCAACUGGACGGGCGUCACCUGCAGCGCCGACGGCGCCCGCGUCGUCGAGCUGCGCCUGCCGGGGCUCGCCCUCUCGGGCCCCGUGCCGCGCCGCACGCUCGCCCGCCUCACCGCGCUCCGGGUGCUCAGCCUCCGCGCCAACGACCUCUCCGGCGCCUUCCCCGAGGACCUGCUCGCGCUCCCGGGCCUCGCGGGGCUCCACCUCCAGCGCAACGCCUUCUCCGGCGCCCUGCCGCCCGGCCUCGCGGGGCUGAGAAGGCUGCAGGUGCUCGACCUCUCCUUCAACGCCUUCAACGGGACCCUGCCCGGGGCGCUGUCCAACCUCACCCAGCUCGUCGCGCUCAACCUCUCCAACAACUCGCUCUCCGGCCGCGUCCCGGACCUCGGCCUCCCGGCGCUGCAGUUCCUCAACCUCUCCAACAACCACCUCGACGGCCCCGUGCCCAGGUCCCUGCUCAGGUUCUCGGACGCCUCCUUCGCCGGUAACAGCAUGACGCGGCCGGCGCCGGUGUCGCCAGCGGUUCCGCCACCGUCACUCGCCCCGCCGGCGGCCGGUGCGCCUGCCAAGAAACGGCGGCGGCUCAGCGAGGCGGUUGUUCUCGCCAUUAUCGUCGGCGGGUGCGUCAUGCUGUUCGCCGUCGUCGCCGUGCUGCUGAUAGCCUUCUGCAACAGGCGGGGCGGCGAGGAGGGGAGCCGGGCGGGGUCCGGGAAGGGCGGGAACAAGAAGGGGAGGGAGUCGCCGGAGUCCAAGGCGGUGACCGGCAGGGCCGGGGACGGCAACCGGCUGGUGUUCUUCGAGGGCCCGUCACUGGCGUUUGAUCUGGAGGACCUUCUCCACGCCUCCGCCGAGGUUCUUGGGAAGGGAGCGUUCGGCACGGCGUACCGGGCGCUGCUGGAGGACGCAACGACGGUGGUGGUGAAGAGGCUCAAGGAGGUCAGUGCCGGGCGGCGCGAGUUCGAGCAGCAGAUGGAGCUCAUUGGGCGGAUCCGGCACGACAAUGUGGCGGAGCUCCGGGCGUACUACUACUCCAAGGACGAGAAGCUGCUCGUGUACGACUACUACAGCAGGGGAAGUGUAUCCAACAUGCUUCACGGGAAGCGGGGUCUGGACAGAACACCAUUGGAUUGGGAGACUAGAGUAAGGAUAGCCCUGGGCGCAGCAAGAGGGAUCGCCCACAUCCACACUGAGAACAAUGGGAAAUUUGUUCAUGGCAACAUCAAGGCGUCAAAUGUGUUCCUCAACAGCCAGCAAUAUGGCUGCAUCUCUGACCUUGGCUUGGCGCCAUUGAUGAACCCGAUAACCGCAAGGUCCCGUUCUCUGGGAUACUGUGCACCUGAGAUCACCGACACAAGGAAAUCAACGCAGUGCUCUGAUGUCUACAGCUUCGGUGUCUUCGUACUCGAGCUCCUCACUGGCAAGUCACCUGUUCAGAUAACCGGCGGCGGCAACGAGGUCGUCCACCUUGUCAGGUGGGUGCAGUCCGUUGUCCGGGAGGAGUGGACUGCCGAGGUGUUUGACGGCGAGCUGAUGAGGUACCCUAACAUCGAGGAGGAGAUGGUGGAGAUGCUACAGAUCGCCAUGGCAUGCGUCUCAAGGAACCCAGAGCGGCGGCCGAAGAUGCUGGACAUGGUGAAGAUGAUCGAAGAGGUCGGCAGGAACGACAGUGGGACGCGGGCUUCGACGGAGGCCUCGACGCCGGUGGGGGAAGCUCGGAACAAGGCUGAAAGCUCAUCUGCAGCCCCCUGA